AUGUUAUCGCUUCAAUUAGCUCAUCAAUUAAAAGGCAAGAACAUUCUUCUAGUCGGUGCUGGGGAUGUUGCCGCGACUAGAAUCCCUAAACUGUUACCAACCGGCUGUAGGCUUACCGUCAUUGCACCAGAAAUUAGUGAUGUCAUAUGGAAAAACUCUCCUUUCAAGAAACGUUCAGAUGAAGUAGACUACACAGAUAGAAAUUGGAACCCUGAGAGUGGUAAAAUUUACAGAAUUGUUAACAGAGGUUUCCAGAAUGAGGAUUUGAUAUGUCAUGGGGACGGCCAAAGCAGCGAAACUUCAAAAUCCAAAUUUCUAGGAGGCCUCGAGAUCGAUGUACAGGAAUUAAGCUUGGAUCAGAAUAAUAGCGGUUGGCACAUGAUUUUAACCUGCAUACCAGACCCUCAACUCAGUGAGCGCAUAUACCGAGGUGCUAAGAUACUAUUGGGUCAACACAUUCUCUGCAACGUCGCGGACAAUCCACCCCUCUGCGAUUUUUAUUUUGGCAGCAACGUAAUUCUGGGCGACAAGAACAAUAAGGAUGCAAAGGGGCUACAACGUCCCAUCCAGAUUUUGAUUUCGUCUAACGGCAAUUCUCCGCGCUUCACUUCACUGCUCAAAAAUGAAAUCGAACAAAACUUUGGCUCUCUACCUAUAGCCUCAGGCGUUGGUAAACUUGGGCAGUUGCGGUAUAAAGUCAGAACUAUUUCUGAAAGGAAUAAACCUGCGGACUGUACACAGCCAAAAUUAAUUAAGUAUCGCAUGGAAUGGAUUCGGAAAUGCACAGACGCCUUUGGAGUCAAAGGUUGCCACGAAAUUGAUGUUGAUAAGACGUCUGAGCUCUUUUCUGAAAUGUUUUCCCGAUUAAGCCUAGAUUUCCCUAGCCAAGACAAGAUGGUCGCCGAGUAUAGUGAGAGACCGCCAUAG